CCGCAAAGCUAGGGAAGUUGCUUGGCAACUCAUAACAACAUGACUGCAGAGGCUAUGUUACAAUUUGGCAUCUUAAUCCUAACCUUAUCACUAUUCUUCGUCAUGUACACUCUCCGCAACCAAAUAACCCAGCCGAGAAUCCGAACCCGCAACAAGACCCGUCAACCCGACCCAAACCGCCACCUGGUCCAAGCAACGCGUCACCUAGCUCGAGCCAGAUCCACCACCGCCACACACCGAGCCCAACACGCAAGAACCGCUCUCGUUGAAGCCGACCGAGCUCUCUCCAUCUCACCCAGGGACCCCUCCGCCCACAUCCUCCGAGCCCGAGCGCUCAUCCUCAUGGGUCGCCGCGCCGCCGCUAUCAGAUCCCUCGAUUUCGCCCUCUCUCCGCCGGCGGCUAAGUCGCUUUCCGCGGCGGAGCGCGCGGAUGCUCUUGUUGAGAGGGCGGAGGUGAAAAUGGCUGUGAAUAUGCGGCGGCGAGUUGACUCGGCGAUGGCGGAUCUAAAAGAGGCAAUGGGACUGAGUCGAGGGAUGAGUGUGAGUACUAGUAACUCGGUGGGGAUGUGUUUGUUGGGGAAGUGUUGUGAGUGGAAAGGGAUGAAGGGUGAGGCUGAAGAUGCUUUCCGGGAGGCUCUUGAUGUUGAUCCUGAUUCAGUUGAGGCUCGUAAUGGGUUGGAUCGGUUAGGCCCAUGAAGUUUUCCUUUUUUGGUAAAAAAUUGUUUUGGUAAUUUCGAACCGGAUAAAACCAUUAGUUGAUGUAGAUGAUAAUAUUCUAGUAAUUCUACCUACUAUUUAUAGACUUGAACGCGAGACAUCUGCUUAAACUAAAUCAAUUCGUGUUAGUUGAUCUACAUGCUUAGCGGCAGGGGCGGAUUCACCGCCGGCAAGCUUGGGCCUAUGCCCAGGCUCUGGCCGAAAAAAUAAAUUUUUUCUUUAGACCAGAUUAUCUUUGGGG